CCCAGCCUACCUACCCACACUAUCCCAAAGAAGGGAAGGAUCAAAGGAAGGGGACUGACCCUUCAGCUAUAAACUAAAGUUUAAAUAUCUGUGUACAUUAUAUACAGAAGUUUCUGCAAGCAAAGUAUAGUAAGGUCACCCAUUUUUCCUUCCUGUAAGAAAAAUCUUGAUCAUUAGUGCUGGGGGGGAAAUGGAUUAUAAACUGAUUAGCAACAUGAAUGGAGGUGCUUCUCAGGAAUCCAGCUACAUUGAAGAAAGCACUGUCCAAGAUGAUGCAAUCUCCUUGAUUUUCUCCCUCAAAGAAGAAGUUGGAGCUUUGGCUAAAGUGCUACGCAUAUUUGAGGAGAAGGGGAUAAGCCUGACCCACAUUGAAUCCAGACCUUCCCGGCUGAACAAAGAUGAGUAUGAAUUUUUCAUCAACUUGGAAAGCAAUAACAUUCCAGCUCUUGAGAAAAUCAUCAGGACAUUGAGAGAUGACAUUGGAGCAAAUGUUCACGAGCUUUCACGUGAAAAAAGGAAGGAUGCUGUUCCGUGGUUCCCAAGAACCAUUAAAGAACUGGACAGAUUUGCCAAUCAGAUUCUCAGCUAUGGAGCAGAACUGGAUGCCGACCACCCUGGUUUCAAAGAUCCUAUUUAUCGUGCCAGAAGAAAGGAAUUUGCAGAUAUAGCCUACAACUAUAGGCACGGGCAGCCGAUCCCCAGGAUGACUUACACAGAGGAAGAGAAGAGAACAUGGGGAAUAGUCUUCAGGGAGCUAAAGACCCUGUAUCCCACCCAUGCUUGUUAUGAACACAAUCAUGUGUUCCCUCUCCUGGAGAAAUACUGUGGCUACCAAGAAGACAAUAUUCCACAGCUGGAAGAUGUCUCAAACUUCUUGAGAAGCUGCACUGGAUUUCGCCUACGUCCUGUGGCUGGCCUGCUGUCUUCUCGGGAUUUUUUGGCUGGCUUGGCUUUCAGGGUGUUUCACUCCACACAAUACAUUCGCCACUCAUCACGGCCAAUGUAUACACCAGAACCUGAUGUUUGCCAUGAACUCUUAGGACAUGUCCCUCUGUUUGCUGAUCCCAGCUUUGCUCAGUUUUCCCAAGAAAUUGGAUUGGCUUCCCUGGGUGCUCCAGAUGAAUACAUUGAGAAACUUGCUACGGUAUACUGGUUUACUGUAGAAUUUGGAUUGUGUAAAGAAGGCAAUGCGAUUAAGGCAUAUGGAGCAGGGCUGUUGUCAUCAUUUGGUGAAUUACAGUAUUGCUUAUCAAAUAAGCCUGUCACUGAAUCCCUCAACUUGGAAAAGACAGCAGUUCAGAAAUAUCCUGUCACCGAAUUCCAGCCCAUUUACUAUGUUGCAGAAAGUUUCAAAGAUGCAAAGCAAAAGUUAAGGAAAUAUGCCUCAACAAUUUCCCGUCCUUUCUCAGUCCGUUACAACUCAUACACUGAACGGAUUGAGGUUCUCGACAACACAAAGCAGCUAAAGAAUUUAGCUGAUGCAAUUAGCAAUGAGAUGGGACUUCUCUGCAGUGCUCUCCAGAAGAUCAAAUGAAGAUGCUCUCAGACCUCUUUGUUGGUUCCAAGAGCCAUGUGGCAAAAAGGAUACAUUUAAAACAAAUAUCAAUAUAAAAACAUAUACCAGUAAUUAAUAUAAUGUAGGAAUGUAAUAGAUAUUUAAUUUGACUUUUAUCAUAGUUACAUUGUCUAUUAUCAUAGUUAUUUUAAAGUCCUAUGAUAGCUUUAACUGCCUAUAGCAGAGCCACCAAUGUGUGUGCCCACAAGUACUUCACACAAAAGAGCUGAAUAAAUAUCCCCAUAAAAAUCCA